CUCUUACCUCUCUCUUCACUCCAACACAUCACAAGAAAUUAUAACUUCAAAGCCAAAAUGGCUACACAAAUGAGGAUUCUCUCAUUAAUCCCAGUUCUGUUCAUUUUUUUCCGUUCAUCGGUAGCGAAAGGCGGCGCAACGUACAAUGUGCAAAGUUUUGGUGCCAGACCUAAUGGCCGGAGUGAUUGCACUCGUGCUUUUCUCAAUGCCUGGGCUGCAGCUUGUGCUUCAUCUCAGCCUUCAACAGUUUAUGUUCCUCAGGGACGGUAUUUAAUCGGAGCAGCCGCAUUCUGGGGACAAACUUGCCGGAGCCGCCAUAUUACACUACAAAUCGACGGAACGCUAGUUGCUCCGUCGGAUUACAAUGUCAUCGGUCAUACCGGAAACUGGCUUAAGUUUGAAAGUGUGAAUGGACUUUCAAUAAUUGGAGGAACCCUAGAUGGCCAAGGGAGUGGUCUUUGGAAUUGCAAGAACCAUGGCCGGAAUUGCCCCAUCGGCGCAACGUCACUGGGAAUUUACAAUUCCAACAAUGUGAUGGUGUAUGGAUUAAGGUCGGUAAAUAGUCAACUCUUCCAUAUGAUCGUGUAUGGUUGCAGGAACGUAAACUUAAUCGGAGUGACAAUUUCAGCUCCGGGAAACAGUCCAAAUACUGAUGGAAUCCAUAUCCAAUCUUCAUCCGGCGUCACCAUAAUGAAAUCCAACAUUGGAACCGGUGACGAUUGCAUCUCAAUUGGUCCUGGUUCCUCUAAUCUGAGGAUUCAGGACUGCAAGUGUGGCCCUGGCCAUGGAAUAAGCAUUGGGAGUUUGGGAUCAAAUUUCAAUGAACCAGGAGUCCAAAACGUUACAGUAAAAUCAGUUACAUUUGUGGGAACACAAAAUGGUGUGAGAAUAAAGACAUGGGCAAAGCCUAGCAAUGGAUUCGUCCGAGGAGUUCUAUAUCAACACCUAACUAUGAAUGACGUCCAAAACCCUAUCAUCAUUGACCAGAAAUACUGCCCCAGUGGAGGAGGGUGCCCUAAUAGUGCGGCGAGCGUUAAGAUUAGUGAUGUGACAUACCAAGAUAUACAUGGAACAUCAGCAACACAAGUAGCAGUGAACUUUGAGUGUAGUAAGAUGAACCCUUGCAAAGGCAUAUCACUUCAAGAUGUGCAACUUAGCUUCAGAAAUCAAGCCGCCGUGUCUUCCUGCGUAAAUGCCGGUGGAUCUUCAUUCGGUCUAGUUGAGCCUACCAGCUGCUUUCGUGGAAGAAAUUAAUUAAUUACAGACAAUUUGUGCAAAUAAUUUAAUUGAUUUCAGCACAAAUAUAGAGGAAAUUUAAUCAUUCUUAGCUUUAAGCUUGAUUGAUUUGGGGGGUUACUAGCACAUAAAUUAUUGUAAGUAAAUUUUUCUUGCUUGGUCUGUGGCUAGCUUGGAUUUGACCCUUUAAUUUGGUCUGCGCCUGGCCUUGCAAGCAACAAAAUGGCUGGAUUGAUUUGGGAUAGUGCAAGGAGAAAGGAGAAAGAGAUUACUAAAUGUAAUUUUUGCAUCUUCUUUUGUUUCUUUUCUUUUCUUUUUUUUUGGAAUGAAUUAUUAUGUGGUACCUUGUUGUGAGGUCACACCAAAAUUUUCAUUCUUCCGGAAAACAUUGAGG